UGGGCUGGCCCUGCCCGUCGGUGCUGGGUUCGGGCUAAGUGGACCACAGCUCAGGAGCCCAGGAUGUCAGGGAGGUGGAGGCCAGCGCCCAGGUGUCAGAGGUGUGGGGUGCUCCCUGCUCACACCCUGGGGAGCAUCUUAGCCCCUGGGCUCUGGCCUCGGGCACAGGCCAGCCUCCGCCUUCCUCCAAGUCGGCUCCCUGCGUGGGUGUCUGCAUCGCUGUCUUGGGAGGACAGUCAGCAUGGGACUUGGGCCACCCCAGUCCAGUCUGAGCUGACCUAAACAUGGUUAUGUCCGCGAAGACCACUUCUAAAUUAGGUCAUGCUUGCAGGUGCCAGGGCUCAGGACUUGGGCUCAUACUUCUGGGGAACAGUGGUGGCCGUGUGGCAGAGGGACUCCAGAGGAGAGGCAGGGUCCAGGAAUGUGCAGGAAUCGUGGGUGAGCUGAUGCUGGACGAGAACCACCAGCUGAUCCAGUGCAUCCUGGACUACCAGAGCAAGGGGAAGGCAGCAGAGUGCACCCAGUACCAGCAGCUCCUGCACCGGAACCUGGUGUACCUGGCCACGAUCGCAGACUCCAACCAGAACAUGCAGUCGCUGCUGCCCGCCCCGCCAACACAGAGCAUGAGCCUGGGCCCCAGCGCGCUGGCUCAGAGCAGCACCGGCCAGGGCCUGCACUCCCAGGGCAGCCUCAGCGACACCAUCAGCACAGGCCUACCCCCAGCCUCCCUCAUGCAGGGCCAGAUCGGCAACGGUCCGAACCACGUGGCCAUGCAGCAGACGGCGCAGAGUACGCUGCCCACGACCUCCAUGAGCAUGUCGGGCAGCAGCCACGGCUCUGGACCUGGCUACAGCCAUGCGGGCCCUGCCUCGCAGGGUGUCCCCAUGCAGGGGCAGGGUGCCAUUGGCAGCUACGUGUCCCGGGCCAACAUCAACAUGCAGUCCACCCCAGUCCCCAUGAUGCACCAGCAGGCGGCUUCGUCCCACUAUAGCUCGGCCCAGGGCGGGAGCCAGCACUACCAGGGCCAGUCGUCCAUCGCCAUGAUGGGCCAGCGGCCCAUGGCGCCCUACCGGCCCUCCCAGCAAGGCUCCUCGCAGCAGUACCUGGGCCAAGAGGAAUACUACGGCGAGCAGUACGGCCAUAGCCAGGGCGCCGCGGAGCCCGGGAGCCAGCAGUACUACCCUGACGGCCACGGCGACUACGCCUAUCAGCAGUCGUCCUACACGGAGCAGAGCUACGACAGGUCCUUCGAGGAGUCCACGCAGCACUACUACGAAGGCGGCAGCUCCCAGUACAGCCAGCAGACCGGGUACCAGCAGAGCACAGCACAGCAGCAGUACCCCGGCCAGCAGUACCCCGGCCAGCAGUACCCCGGCCAGCAGCAAGGCUACGGGCCCGCCCAGGGAGCGCCCUCACAGUACCCCGGCUACCAGCAGGGGCAAGGCCAGCAAUUCGGCAGCUACAGGGCCUCGCAGACGGGACCCUCCGCCCAGCAGCAGCGGCCUUACGGCUACGAGCAGGGCCAGUAUGGAAAUUACCAGCAAUAAGGGACAAGUGUUCCUGGAGCCCUGCAGGAGUGUCCUCACCCCGGGGCUGGACGGGGCCGGUGGCAGUGCGGGUGAGCUGGCGUGCUGGUGACCCCUCCGCCCUGUACCGUGGCUGCACGUGACGUGCACUCAUCUCGUGGGCAUGACGGGGCGGCACCGCCGGUGCGGGACAGCGCCUUGCUGUGACAGUGCUAUGUGUUGUGAGUCAGCACAAUGGAGAGGCUGCCAUCUUGUCCCCCCUCGAUGUCCCUAGCUAGCCAUGGGGGUCAUGAGCCGUCAGAGUCCCCUGUGCUCCGUGAUGGGACACAUCUGAACAUGCAUAGUCUGUGUUCUCGUGAGCAGGCCCUCGGCCCGAUGUCUCCUCACGCAGUUGUCGGAGUGGGGGUUGCAAACGCUUCUCUAACUGGCUGCGCCGCAGCGGGACGCAGCUGUGAUGGCGGCCGCCAGCCUGGAUGGGGUGGUGGGAAGG